AUGCAGGCUAAAAUUGCAUCCGACGUACAUCAAAUCUACGAGCCGAUCAAACGCCAUGUGACUGGUCUCACAAGAUUCGUCCAAGAGAACGAGGCAAAAAGCGCCGUAGUCGAAUGGCUCAUGGCUCAAAUGCAGUUAGAUGUGAAUGCGAUACGAAAAAGAGUCGAAAAUCUUGAGAACACGGAUAAACUCUGCAGCCCAAAAACCGAGAGCACGCGAAUCGUUCCGAAACCCGAAGUUGAGGAAGAAGAAUCGGACGACAGUGAGGGACAUCGAGAAACAAAAAUAUCUCACCACGAUACCAUGCCUCUAAACCAUAAAAUUAAAAUAAAGGCACCAACGUACGAUGGGUCGAAGGAAAAACGACCGAUGAAAUUCAUCAGGGAGUUUCGAAAAUAUUGUGAGGUGAUAAACCCCACUUUCACAGAAAUGAAAUAUCUGAUCGGGCAGUGCCUCGAAAAAACAGCCCAAGAAUGGUGGGUCCUCGUAGAAGAGGAAAUAGAUGACUUCGAGGACGUAGAAACCAAAUUCAUAAAUCGAUUUUGGAGCUAUGAGGUGCAAAGGAAGGUCCGCAAGGAACUCGAAUUCGGGAAAUAUCCCGAGAAAAGCAAAAUGACCAAGGUCGAGUAUGCCACUCGAACGUUUGGAACGGCUAGGGAUUUGAUUCCACCGCCAUCUGACAAAGAUAUUGUGGCUUCUUUGUCACAACAUUUCACGGAGGAAAUAAGGGCCACAAUCAUAAGCCGAGGUUUCUUAAAUCUCGAGCAAUUGAUCGAAUUCCUCGAAAAAUUGGACCAGAGUGGUCCAGUAAACACGGGAAUUGAGGAGGAAACACCUCCAAAAGUUCAGAGUCACAAAAAUAAUAGUGACAAAAAUGAACCAAGGCCAUUUAAAAUGCCGCAAAACGGGGGUUACCAAAACCAAAACUGGAAACAAAAUGGUCAACCAAACAAUAAUUGGCAACGAAACAAUAGUGGUAACAAUGGAGGAUACAAUAACAACAAUUGGAACCACCAACAAAGUAGAAAUUUCAACCAACAGGGUUACCAACAAAACAAUAACCAACGACCGAACAAUGGGUAUUCCAACCAACGGCCGAAGGACGGAAAUUUCCGCAACAACCAACAAAACUGGGGAAAUAAUUAUAACAAUCGACCUCCCUAUAAUCCCAACUACCAAAAUCGAAAUUCAAGUCCACCUAACCAAAAUAACGGCUCGCCAUACGACAACGAACCCAAACAACAAGCGAUUCAAACCAUAGAGGCGAAAGUUGAACCUCAACCAUCGACCUCGAAGGCGGGAAAUGCGUAG